AGAGAAAGAAUCUUGAUGAAGAUUUUCACUGAUUUUGAUCGUCUUGAUACAGCUGAAUACACGGUACCGUUCCAGAGUGCUAAGUCCACGAACAUUGAUGAAUAUUGUAUCAAAAACUCAAUUCGAUUCCCAUCUUACCGCACCCAAACAAUCAUAGUCCGCCUUAAAAAGCAAGAGAACCUCCAAGUUGACCCCUUCGUAGGGAUCAUUGCUGCCUGGUGCACUAGUUGUCUAUUGUUCGCUUCUACUAUCACCUACGUCAGAGCUGGUCUCUUGACGGUACUAAGGCGCUUUCCGUUCAUCCAUCAUUGAUUCAUCAAUGACUUUUUCUCCUGCUUCAUCGAUAUUCCUUUUGGUGUUGUUAAUGCACUCGGUCGCAGUUUAUUCUUCGCCCGUCAAUCUCACAUUGCUCAACAAACGAGGGGCUGGCACAAUAGACCUAGACAACAACGCGAACGCCACGCACGACCUUUAUCGUAGAGUCGAUUUUGACAAGCCCAACCUCAUUUUAGGAUACCUGGCUGUACCCCAGAAAACAGCUGAAGAAUUCAAUGCGCAUGGAUUCACAGCUAUCCCAGUCCCAAGGUCCUCAAAUCCACUCGGAAAUGACGGGACGUACGUUGAAGCGACUGCCAUCCCAGACAAACACUUACCCGAUUCGUAUUGGAAGUGCGCUGUCCUUAUCAACACAUUGGAGAUGGUUCGAACUUUACGGGGGUACGUCGACGACGUUAAAAGCCCAGCCUACAACCAACCCAGGUACCUUACGUAUUUCAUCGAGGAUCUCCAGAAGGAAUGGAAAAAUAAAGGCAAACACUUCGUUCCUGGACCGCCUCUGCUAGCUGCCAGAAUGCAAAAAGGGUGGUCUCAGCUAGUGGUUCUCGUCCCGUACCACUACCUCCUCAAAUCUCCGAGUAACCCAAAACAGCCAUCUGGAGAGAACCACCUUCAAUUGAGUCUCAAGUGUACGCCUAAAGGCACAUCUAUGGAUGUUAAACUUCCGCCCCCCGAAUGGGAACAGUGGGGAUUUGAAUACUGGCCGAAGGGUCUCAAGAGUUAGAGCAGGGUACUGUACUUGAAAUUUUUGUCCCCGUAAAUUCUGGCCUGAGUAGUGCUCGAUACUCAACGGGAAAUUCUGGAGACAGGUACUUAGAAUCUAGUAGGCUUGAUGGUGGAGUAUUGCAGAAUUAGAUAUCAUAACACGAGUGAAACGGAAUGGACUCUGACUCUGAGUGACUGGCUGGACAGUGGAAAAACAAAA